AUGCCUCUGAAGAGCAAAGGGAAAGGGAGAAAAGGAGUGAAGCAGCAGCGGCAAAGACACACAGCAGCAAGGACAGGCACCACAGGGGCUGCCGAAAGCGGGAACUGGGAGAACUGGGAGCACCGUCCUGUGCAUCUCCGGCUCACGGUUCACUGGAAGGAGACGACCUGGCAGGCAAAAACUGACAACAAAGGGCUCAAGCCAAGGCUGUGGGACCCGGAGAAGGCACAGGAAGACAGGCGAGACAUAUGUGAAGAAAUGACUUGGCAAUACCAGGAGCUGCAGAAGCAGAAAGCAGCCAGCAGCCAGCACUCAGAGGCAAAGGUGAAGAGCCUGCAGGAGCAGCUUGCCACCAGGCUUCGGGAGAGCCAACAGACCCAGAAGGCUGCUAUCCUAUCACUAGCAGAGAGGAAUGGGACCAUCGGCCAGCUGCAGGGCAGGCUUGAUGCCAUGGAGAGGGAGUAUGAGAAGAUCUUCCACAUGAGCGGGGACAUGGCAGGUAGCCUGGACGUUGUGCUGGCCAAGAUGGCAAAGGCUAGCCAGCACUGGGAAGAGGUAGGAACGAUCAUCACUGCAGAGCACAAGAAGUGCGUAGAAGAGUUUGGCCUCAACCCUUGGCUAUCUUGCAUCCUGGGACUUCUGAGACAGGACAGGCUCUCAGCCCCUACCUCUCAGCACACUUGGAGAGCUUCCCACAUCCACUGCCCAACACCCCAGCUGCUGCAGGAUAGGUAA